AUGGAUUCCGCUGUACUCUCUCGCAGGCGUCAGCAGACAGGCCAAUUACUACAACCCAUACUGCGAGCAUAUGCCGUUGGAUACCUGUCAUCAACAACACCGAAAGUCAUAUCCAGUCUACGACGGAUAUGGAAAAGUAAUGAUUUGAGCUAUAGGCAAAUACUCGACAAGUUAUUCCAAGCGCUGACAGGCUCAAUACGCCUGGAAAGUUUCCCGACAUUCUGUGCCUCUCUUGUUGGAGGCUCUACUCUUCUGCCUGUGCUGUUUUUGAGGUCCUGUGAUCAUAUUGGUCGUAGAUUCGGCUCUAAAUCCAAGUUUUGGAAAUCCAAGGAGGCUGUUCAAUUGGUUCGGUUUGUUACUUCACUGGCGUCUGCUUGGCUUAGUUUCCGGUUGUUGAAUCGGAAGCCUAUUACCUUGGAGAAAGUAAACCAGGAGCUCCCGAAUGGAGAUGCCCAAACAUUUAUUCACAAGCAACAAGGGGGCACCGCAGGUCUACAUGAUCGUCCAGAAUUUGCCGGUAGAACAAUGGAUCUCACCCUUUUUACCCUCAUAAGAGCAGUUGAUUCGCUGGUCUGCCUCUCCUGGGAAAGAGGUCGGAAAUCGCGAGGAGCUGAUCCUCGUUGGGCCUGGGCCAACUCCAUUGCACCCAGACUUGCAGACUCCGCUCUUUUUGCUGUUAGUUCGGCAAUAGUUAUGUGGGCGUGGUUUUAUCUCCCGGAGAGGUUGCCAAAAUCAUAUCGCAAAUGGAUCGAACAGGUAGCGAAGGUGGAUAACCGCUUGAUCGAAGCUCUUCGUCGUGUUAGGAGAGGCGUCUUUGUGUAUGGAAAGGAUACAGGCCAGGCGCCUCUGCUCGAGGGCAUGUGCAAGGACUUUGGCUGGCCUAUAGAAUGGGGAGACCCUUCUAAAACGAUUCCGAUUCCGUGUGAAAUGGUGCAUAUGGGCUGUGGCCCUAGUUGUGAAAAGCACGCGAUAUCUCGAUUCGCCCAAACCUUUGGAUUUGCCUGUGCAACCUACAUCCCACUACAAAUGGCCUUCCGGCUCCGAUCAAUGAAUUCGCUGGAGUCGUUCCGCCGGGCUGUAGUGGGCCCAAAGAUAUUCGACAAGGAGACGGUAACCCCGUUAAUGUGGGAUUCUGGAUUAUGUGUUGGUGCUGGGUGCGUUAUGUGCGGGUGGAGCAUACUUGUUGAACAUACACGAAAGCGACAAGAAAUUGCAUUGUUUGUGGCACCCAGGGCUGCUGCAACUGUGUUACCCAGGUUUUAUGACAAAAAGUAUCAUUAUCGAGAGCGUGCUGUUUUUGCUAUUAGUGCAGCAAUACUUCUUACCUGCUUCCACGAGCGCCCUGGCAUGGUUCGUGGGGUCUUUGGUAGAAUUGGGCGGAGCAUUCUAACCUGA